AUGGCGGACCUGGACAUUCUGGGUAUUGCCCAACUGGGUACCAAGCUAUCAGGUGCACUUGACCUACAUGCUGAGACAUGUCACCAGGCCCGAACAAAUGGCAUUCUCAAACUUGUUUCCCUCAUCCAUUCGACAUCAAGUACACUUCUAAAAGUACACGAACUGUCUCAACAAGCUCCUGAUGCUUUCACCGAAGUUUGCAUAGAUGACAUCAAUGGCCUUGCCGCUACGUGCAGGGUUUUGUUCGAAGGAACCCUCGUCCUGUUUACCAACAGAGAAACACACAGCGAGGAAGACAGCCAAAUUGGCACCAUGACACAAGAACAAGUCGAAUCUCUUCUCUCUUCUUUGGCGGUUAAGAUAUACCCGGGUUACAAAGUCUGGGAAUGGCUAGGGCCUCGUCUUAAGAUCUGUCAUCAGGAGUUGAGACAAGUCAAGUUCGAGCUCAUGUUACGUUUUCUUCUUGGUAGUAUUGCUCAGUUCCAAUUGAGCACUACAACACGUUCUCCAGGCGAUUGGGGGAGCGAACGAGCGAUGCGAUUUUCUGCUGAGAACAUUGCUAAACGGCGCGUCGCAUACCAUAAAAAAUACAUUGAGAAGCGGAAAGAUUGGACAAAGAAAGACGAUUCAUCAUCUUCGCCUAUGGACUCUAUUGAAGAAAAGGGAAGUGUUGUUACAAACUCAAGUUCUGUCACGAUGACACCCUCAUCUGUUCAGGUCAGAGAUUUGAUGGACAAGAAUACAAAUGAUGCGAAAGACGUCAGGCCCUCAGUCAACAAUGAAUCUCCUGUCCCCACGAAGCCAACUCCUCGAGAGAAAGACAAUGCUAUCCCGAUCUCUUCAGGUAGCACUUCUUACCUAGACACCCCUUCUAGAAACUGGUUCCAACGUUUGUUCUCGCGUAAUUCUUUCGAUCAAUGGACGUACGAGGAUAUCGAAGCAUAUACGAUCCACUUCGUAAACGGCAAGAGGGACGUCACAAAGCUGCCACUAGAAGAGAAGGAAAUUGUAUCAACCCUACGAAAGUUGGCUUCCAAGCGUUUUUGGGACAGUCGUCCUGCGUUAAUGGAACAAUACACCUCACUUGACCGUACCAUUCGUCAAGACGUUGACGAGGGUAUCUCAGCUGCGAAACGAAAGAGCUCUCGCGAGAUGACUCUUGUCGCCAUGUCGGCCAGGAAGAAAGACUCAUUCACUAAGAUCGAAAAGGGGGGUUGCUCCACUACAGAACUGCCAAUCACGCUUUUCUUCAAGCUCGGUGCAUCAUAUGCACCUAUUUAUAUCGUUGAUACAAACAACGAGAAGUGGGCUGUUCCUUACAAUUCUUGCUAUACUGUAGAGAUGAUACGAGAUUUGAUCCCAUCACUCGGCCGCUUCAGUCUAUAUAAGCCUCCGGGAAUUAACAACGGCAAUUAUACGAUACUUGCGGACAAUAACAUGACUGUCACACCAGAGGUCUGGGAUUCUAUUCGUCGGCCCGGUAUAAUUUUGAGGUUGAACACCCUGCCAUUUCCACCGCCGUCAUGUGGUGCUCCACCUGUAAGAGGUUUCAUGUGCCCUCCGCCAACAUCACUCAAGAGGACGAUAUUGAGGGAUAUUUACCAAGAGAUGAAUGACUUUCUCAAGCUGUCUCAUUGUUGGAUGCCGGACGAGGAAACGAUGAAACAUGUGGGGCUGGAAAAUCUUCUUCGUCUUUGGACGAAUGCCAUUGACACUGAGGCUCAAGACAGUGAUGAUUUGUCAGAUUCGAGUUGUUCUUCUGGGAGCGAUUUUUAUGACUAA